AUAGCUAGAAAGUUCUCUAUGCCAACUUGCAUAGUCAGGAACUGAGUAACAAUAGGUACUGUGUAGUCUUUAGUCUUGGUCUUGUAUAAAAGGACAGGUGACAGCAGUCAGUCAACAGGCAGAAUCAGCUUCAGCUUCUCCCGUGUGGAACCACUGAGGAUCAGACAACGCAAACAUGAAGGUCACUUUCUUUGAGGACAGGAACUUCCAGGGUCGCUCUUAUGAGUGUAUGGGCGACUGUGGUGACUUCUCCUCCUACAUGAGCCGUUGUCACUCUUGCAGAGUGGACAGUGGCUGUUGGAUGAUGUACGAUCAGCCCAACUACAUGGGAAGUGGAUAUUUCUUCAGGAGGGGAGAGUAUGCUGAUUACAUGUCUAUGUUUGGAAUGAACAACUGCAUCAGGUCCUGCCGUAUGAUCCCCAUGCACAGGGGAUCCUACAGAAUGAGGAUCUACGAGAGGGAUAACUUCAUGGGUCAGAUGUACGAGAUGAUGGAUGACUGUGACAACAUCAUGGACCGUUACCGCAUGUCUCACUGCCAGUCCUGCCAUGUGAUGGACGGCCACUGGCUCUUUUAUGACCAGCCCCACUACAGAGGCAGGAUGUGGCACUUCGGGCCUGGACAGUACAGGAACUUUAGCAACUAUGGUGGCAUGAGGUUCAUGAGCAUGAGGCGCAUCAUGGACUCCUGGUACUAGAGUUUCAAUAAAACAAUUUCUAUACAUUACUAAAAAUUCUGUUCUGAAAAUUUGUCACAUAAGACUUGAAAUUUCCACAAUUAUUAUAAUAAAUAAGUUACUAAAACUUUUAUGUGUAGUAAUGUGUUGAAAAAAAAAUCUUUUCUCCAUUAAUCAGAAAUUGUGAAAAAAAAAACAUAAAUAAACAGGGGAGCUAAUAAUUCAGAGGGCUAAUAAGUUUGACUUCAACUGUGCAUAUACAUACAUAUAUAUAUAUAUAUAUAUA